UCCACUGAAGUGAUCCUACCAGGUCUUGUGUAAAGCCUACAAGCUGUUGGAUCAAAGCGACUCCGCCAACCUUUGAUCUGUUCAGUGUCAUUGCCACAAGCCUCACCCUCACGAGGAUGCUGAAUAAUGACCAGGAUCCAGCGUACAAUGUACGCUCUGCUAAGACCUUUAAAAACAUAGUUAUGUACAUACCGUAGUCCACAAAUCUUCUGAAGAGAUUCUGAACCUCAGACGUGACUGGGGUUCGAACGAGCUGCUUGGAUUGAGAACAAAUUUGAUUAAGAGCUACGAGUAAUUAUUUUUCCGAGGGCUGCAUAUUUUUUGGAUUGCUGCAAGCAUGACUCAUCAGAAGGGAACAGUUGGUCCUCCAGAGACCAGGUACCACAACGGAAAGCUCUUCACGUUUCAAAGAGAGGGCUCACUUCUCCAUUAAGCAUCAUGCCUCGCAAAUGAGACUGACCACACUCUGCAAAUCAAUGAAACAUAGAGAUGACGACAAGUACACCUUCUUUGGAUAUAAAUGGGACAGUAAUGCCCCAAAUCAAUUUGUUUGCUUGUGCAGGGAUAAAACACUAGAUGGAUGCUCCAAUAUAAAGUUUUCAUCCAAAAACAUGUGACUGCAGGUAUGACAACUAUUGCUAUGAGCUAUUUGCCGCUGACUCUGUCAAGCAACAACACUCCAUCAUUGGUGAACCUGACCGAUAUGGGAAUAGAUAAUUAUACUACAAGUGUGGCUCAAGAGUCUAGGAACUACACGCAAGUAGUCCUCACUAGUUUAAGGAAUGCAACCCUCCUCCAAACUGGGGGCAACUCGACGUUGGCUACUGGCAGUGGCUGGAGCAUGGCCGUCAAUAUUGUGCUGAUGGCGUUCUUCAUGGUAAUAGGAAUCCUGGGAAAUCUGCUGGUUAUCGUGGUGUACCUACGCAACCGACGAAAGCGCCAGUCCACUGCCAACUACUUCCUGUGCAGCCUGGCCGUGGUAGACCUCAUCGUUUGCAUAGUGGCCAUUCCUAUACAGAUCCACCUGGAAUAUGCCGCUGUUACUCGGCUUAUCGUCGGCUUAGAGUGUGCUGUCUUUGCUUAUGUCUGGCACGUGGUCAUGUUUGCUUCUGCCUGGAUGCUAGUUGGGAUCUCAAUCGACCGUUUCUACUGCCUCUGUCUGCCAUUCAACAGGAGAACCCAGGUGCGUCGUGUCACGCAUAUUAUCCUCUUCAUUUGGGCCUUCACCAUUGUGAUUUCCAUUCCGUUUUCGUUAUUUUACAAAGACCAGUGCCGGCGUGACAAGAUCAGAAUGCUCAGGCUUGGAGUGGCCAUAGCUGACAGCCUUAUCAGCCUCUUGGUGCCCCUGUUGAUUAUCGCCAUAGCCUACUCCAAAAUAUUUUAUGUGAUAUCCCAGCGGAACAACGACACGCAAAACGCCAGCCAUGGCCAAAAGAUUAUGCACCACACGCGCUUCAUCGUUGCCAAGCGUCUUUUGCUGGUCAUAGGCGCCUUUGUCUUGUGUUGGAUGCCAAGAAUGAUUGCAGAGAUCUAUGAAGCCACUCUAGACCCCGACGUGGAGGGGAGCCUCACACGGCAAGCUCUGUACAUCUGCAGGAACAUUGUGCCUUACUUCAACUCCAUACUGAAUCCCAUUUUGUACUCCCUGAUAAACCCCAGGUUUCGCCAUGAGUGUCAACGAAUCCUGCUGACUUGCUUCGGCAAGGUCCUUCCGAUGCCGGCUGCUGCUGCUAAGUACACCUGCAGGAGCAGCAGCGCUUUGUAGAAAAGGGUCAAAGGUUACCACUUCAUGGGACUCAAACAAUAUAGGUGCUUAGCUCAAUUGCUGUGAUGGCAAGUCGCAAUGAAUCAAAAAUAGUUUGGGUUGAAUCGGGUUGAGAGGUCUUUUGCUUCCGACAAGCUCAUGUUAAAGAUCUUGUGUGGGGAGGAGCUAUAAAUCGCCUUUGUUUGAUAAUUAAGUUAUUAUAAAUCUACUAGUACUACUAAAUAUUCUUAAUUUAGUGAUGUUUUAUCUUACGUACAUUGUACCUGUACUUGGGUUGCAUAAUUCUGCACCAGGGGUGCCACCACAUGCACUUUUUGAAACAUCAUAAAACUACAAAACUCUUCAAAAUUUAACUUCCAAGACACAUGAACCUAAUUACUCCCCUAUACUUAAACUAAGUGAACUAAUCUUGAUAUCCUGCACUGUGCUAAAUAACAGUGACUUGUCUCAACAGUCCUGCAAAAACUAAUAAACUGCAACCUUCAGGACAGUUAAUAUGUUUUGAAACAAGUUAACUCAACUCUUUCAUUUUUUUCUAAUAAGGAUAGUUUUCAUUGAACAUCUUGUCUUCAAAUAGGAGACGUCUCAACAUAAAUGUUAUGAAUUCUAAGGACAAACCUCAUGUAAUUCAUACUCUGCACUACAAAUUUUAAUCUACAUUUUAUUUUGUAAAACAUGUAUACGUAUUCUCUCCAAACAAUGCAUAAUAAUUUUAUCAUAUGUAAAUUUUCAAUUUUAGAAAUACGCAGUACUAUAACUUGCGCGUCUUCUUCAUUAAAAAGUGUAUUAACUUAACUGCCCUUUGUCAAAAAAAAGGAUUAACUUUAUAACUGCCCUUCGUCAAUUUAUGAGCAAACCUGUAUGAUACUUGAACAAUACAAUACAUUUAUUUUAACACCGCUGAGCUGUCCAAUAUAGGCCUCCCUGUAAAACUACUGUGACUGCCUAGAAACUUUCUACAUCAUCUUUCGGCCCAGUAGUUUUGCACAUGUAUGUACAUGACAGCUGUUGUAAUUUUAACAGGAACGCUAGUUCAGCUGUCACAAUUGGAUGUAAUUUUGUUAUUCUCACGGAAAGUCGCAGUAGUUACUUUAACCAAAAAAAGGGUCAAUGGAAACACAGCUGAAAUUUACAUGUUGUUCAAGAAUAUUUCAGU